AUGGGGAGGCUGCUGCUGUGGGUUGGGUUGGUUCUUGUGCUGGAACACCAUGAUGGUGCUGCCUACAAACUGGUGUGUUAUUUCAGCAACUGGGCACGUAGUCGCCCAAGCCCUGCCUCGAUCUUACCCCAGGACCUGGACCCGUUUCUCUGCACCCACCUGAUAUUUGCUUUUGCCUCCAUGAACAACAGUCAGAUUGUUCCUAAGGAUCUCCAGGAUGAGAAAAUUCUCUACCCGCAGUUCAACAAGCUCAAGGAGAGGAACACUGAGCUGAAAACCCUGCUGUCUAUCGGGGGGUGGAACUUCGGCACGGCAAGGUUCAGCUCUAUGUUGUCCACAUCCGUCAACCGUAGCAAGUUUGCUGAUUCUGUAAUAUCUCUCCUGCGGAUGCAUGGCUUUGAUGGUCUUGACCUUUUCUUCUUGUACCCUGGACUAAGAAGCAGCCCCAUGCAUGAUCGUUGGACUUUUCUCUUCUUAGUUGAAGAGCUCCUGCUUGCCUUCCAAAAUGAGUCAAUGGCCACAUUGCGCCCAAGGUUGCUGCUCUCUGCUGCUGUGUCUGGGGUCCCAUACAUCAUUGAAACAUCUUAUGAAGUGCAUCUUCUAGGAAGACUCCUGGAUUUCAUCAAUGUCUUGUCUUAUGACUUCCAUGGAAGCUGGGAAGUGUUCACAGGACACAAUAGCCCCCUGCUAUCUCAGGUUGGAGACCCCAAAUCUUCGGCAUUUGCCAUGAAUUACUGGCGGAAACUUGGGGCACCCUCAGAGAAGCUCAUCAUGGGGCUCCCCACCUACGGACGUACCUUUCACCUCCUAAAAGCCUCUAAGAAUGGGCUGCAGGCCAAAGCAAUAGGACCAUCAUCUCCAGGGAAGUACACCAAGCAAGCUGGCUUCUUGGCUUAUUAUGAGAUUUGCUCCUUUAUUCAGAGAGCAGAGAAGCACUGGAUUGAUUAUCAGUUUGUCCCAUACGCCUACAAGGGAAAGGAGUGGGUUGGGUAUGAUGAUAUCGCCAGCUUCACUUACAAAGCAUUUUUCAUAAUGCAAGAGCAUUUUGGAGGGGCCAUGGUGUGGACAUUGGACCUGGAUGAUGUCAGGGGCACUUUCUGUGGCACUGGCCCUUUCCCCCUUGUCCGUGUACUGAAGACUCUCCUGGUGGAGGCUGAGUUCAGCUCAACUUCUUCACCACAAUCUUGGAACUCAUCUUCCGUGAAUUCUUCAACAAUUGACCCUGGAAAGCAGACAGUGACCAAGGCAUUGACUACUGAUUUUGCGAUUAAUCCCCUAGGAAGAGAGACUGUGGCCACUGAGAUCCAUAAAAAAUAUGAAAAUAUGACCACAGUCCCCAGAGGGGUGAUUGUGACCCCUAGAAGGGAAACUGUGACCCCUGGGAAGCUCACUGUAUCUCUAAAAGGGAAGAAUGAGCUCCUUGGAGGGACAACGAUGACACGUGUGGGUCCUCAGUCUGUGACCCCUGGAGGGACGACUAUGACCCCUGUGCGUCUUCAGACUGAGACCCUUGGAAGGAUGACUAUGACCCCUGGAAGGAAAGCUUUGACCCCUGUAAAGGUGACUGUCCCCUCUGGGGAGAUGACAGUCACUUCUGAUGGGCAGACUGUGACUCUAAGAGGGGAGAAUUUGACUUCUGAGGUGGACACUCAGAUGGGUGACCUUGGUCUUCAGAUAGAAGCUCAGAAUAGGACGUUGUCCUCUGCCCCUGCUAUCCAGCUCCCAGAAUACACAACCCUUGCUUUUGACAAUGAUUUUGUUCCUGUUGAUGGGAACCAUUCUUCUGCCAACUCUGUCCUCUCUCCCUAAUAGAAGAAAACACAGACAGCUCUGCUGUGGAUCAAGGAGCCUAACUCUGUUGGCAGCAGAGGAUGGGGAAAGCUCUCAUUUUUUCU